UGGAAUCGCACUUCUUCUCUUUCCUUCUCAACAACCUGAUACCGCGAUAAGCAAGUACACAAACGGAGUCACAAGCAAGAGCAUCGACCCGCUUCCCCAUCGCGCCACUUGAGCCAAUCCUGAUGCGAUUCCAGCGUCUGGCCAAUUUUCUCCGCAACUUCAACCUUCCCCUCCUUCGCGGCGCCCACCCCCCAUCAUCUUCAUCUUUCUCUCGCUCCAUUCCCCUUCCUAUUUCCGGCUCCCGAACCCUUCAAGCCGCUCCUGCGCUCCCCUUUCUCAACUCUUUCUUCACUAGCAGCAGCAAAUUCGACCACAGCGCCAGCAUGUCUUACCCCGACCAACGCAGUGACGAUGCAUGGCGCGCCGUUUUAAGCCCAGAACAAUUCCGCAUCCUCCGCGAAAAGGGCACCGAACGGCCCGGCACCGGCGAAUACGACCAGCAUUUCGCGACGGAGGGGAUCUACCACUGCGCGGGCUGCGAUGCGCCGCUCUACAAGGCGACCCACAAGUUUAAGUCCGGGUGCGGAUGGCCCGCGUACUUUGAUUCUCUGCCGGGAGCUGUGACGCGACACACCGAUCGGUCGUUUGGCAUGCAGCGCACGGAGAUUGUGUGCAGUAACUGUGGCGGACAUUUGGGGCAUGUGUUCAAGGGCGAAGGGUAUCCGACGCCCACGGAUGAGAGGCAUUGUGUUAAUAGUGUAAGUUUGAGGUUUGCGGAAGAUCAGGAGAAGAAAUGAAGAGGUGAAAGAGGGGUAUACUAUGUGCAUGUGAGGGGGUGUUUGGGGAGACUGAAGGCGUGUGUCUUUGGAGAGUGAGGUUGGGUUGGUUCAGCUGAGAUGGGGACUGAGGAUUUCUUGAGUAAAUUGGGGGGCCCGGGGGGUGUGGCAGGUGCAUUACAUGAGGAUAUGUUUCCAUUUGGAGUUGUUCUGACAGUGUUAGUUGUGCGGUGUUCCUAUCUACCUGUC